AUGGCGGCGGGCCCGGGUCGGGAGCUGUGAGCGCCCCGGGCCCGCCAACAUGAGCUGCUCGGCGGACGCCGUGAAGGACAAGCUGCUGUGGAACGUGAAGAAGGAGGUAAAGCAGAUCAUGGAAGAAGCUGUCACCCGGAAAUUUGUGCAUGAAGACAGCAGUCACAUCAUCGCCUUGUGCGGUGUGGUGGAGGCAUGUCUCCUGCACAUGCUGAAGCGCAGGGCUGCCGGCUUCCUGCGCACCGACAAGGUGGCCGCGCUCUUCACCAAGGUGGGCAAGACCUGUGCCAUAGCUGGAGACGUGUGCAAGAAGGUGCAGGAGCUGCAGCAGCAGGCAGAGAGCAGGAAAAGUCAGCCAAAUGGGCAGGAACCCCUCAAAAGGCAGGGAUCAACCACAAGCAGAACACCUGUCCUGACAGCUCAGGCCAUCAAGCACAUCUGGGUUCGGACAGCCUUGAUUGAGAAGGUGCUGGACAAGAUUGUGCAGUACAUUGUUGAUAACUGCAGUAAAUACUAUGAAAAGGAAGCUUUACUGGCUGAUCCUGUUUGUGGCCCAAUACUGGCUUCCCUGCUAGUUGGACCGUGUGCUCUGGAGUACACCAAGCUGAAGACAGCUGACCACUACUGGACAGACCCUUCGGCCGACGAGCUGGUGCAGCGGCACCGCAUCCACGGCGCGCACGGCCGCCAGGACUCGCCCUGCAAGCGCCCAGCCCUGGGAAUCCGCAAGCGCCACUCGAGCGGCAGCACGUCGGAGGAUCGCUUCGCUGCCUCGGCGCGGGAGUACGUGGAGUCCCUGCACCAGAACUCCCGGACUCACCUGCUCUACGGCAAGAACAACGUCCUGGUGCAGCCGAAAGAUGACUUGGAGGCAAUUCCUGGGUAUCUCUCCCUUCAUCAGUCAGCAGAUAGUUUGACAUUAAAAUGGACUCCAAACCAGCUGAUGAAUGGAACCCUUGGAGAUUCAGAACUGGAGAAAAGUGUUUACUGGGACUAUGCAUUGAUUGUGCCACUGAGCCAGAUCGUCUGCAUCCACUGCCACCAGCAACCAGAAAGCAGAUGGACUUUAGUGCUGGUGAGCCAGGAUGGGACGCAGAGGCCUCCGCUGCACUUCCCCCAAGGAGGGCACCUCCUCGCCUUCCUGUCCUGUCUGGAGAACGGGCUCCUGCCCCGAGGCCAGCUGGAGCCCCCGCUGUGGUCCCAGCAGGGCAAGGGCAAGGUGUUUCCAAAGCUUCGAAAACGGAACAGCAACAAAUCAGUGGACCUGGAGGAGAUGCCAGCUGAGGACACAUCCACAGACUACGUCUUCAGAAUUAUUUAUCCUGGACACAAGCACGAUAACAUAACUAUUAACUACCACCACUUAGCUGCCAGCCGCUCUACCUCUGUUGACGAUGAUGAGGAGGAGGAAGAUAAGCUACACGCAAUGCUAUCAAUGAUCUGCUCUCGGAACCUCACAGCUCCUAAUAGGAUGAAAGACAGCGGUGAGAUGAUAGAGAUGCAAGGCUUUGGGGCAAACCUGCUGUCGUGGCAGCUGGAGCACUGCAGCCAGGGCUCCUCCUGUGUCUCCUGUUCCAUGGGCAGCUCUCCCUACGACAUUCCCAGCUGCUGCACCUGCAUCCACGACCGAACUCCCCUAAAGAUGUUGUGUGAAAGCAUGAAGAGGCAGAUCAUUUCCAGAGCCUUUUAUGGAUGGCUGGCGCACUGCCGGCACCUGUCCACGGUGCGCACGCACCUCUCGGCGCUGGUCAACCACAGCAUCGUGCCCCCCGACCGCCCCGCCAGCGCCGCCGCCGGCCUCACCAAGGAGGUCUGGAGCAAGUACCAGAAGGACAGGAAGAACUACAAGGAACUGGAAUUACUAAGAAGAGUCUACUAUGGUGGGGUCCAGCAUGAGAUUCGGAAGGAAGUGUGGCCAUUCUUGUUAGGGCACUACAAAUUUGGCAUGGCCAAGAAGGAGAUGGACCAGGUGGACGCAGACAUUGCUCUGAGGUACCAGAAGGUGAUGGCUGAGUGGAAGGCCUGCGAGGUCAUUGUGAAGCAGCGAGAGAAGGAGUCGCACUCAGCCACGCUGGCCAAGUUCUCCUCGGGCAGCAGCAUUGACAGCCACGUCCAGAGGCUCAUCCACAGGGACUCCACCAUCAGCAAUGAUGUGUUCAUCUCGGUGGACGAAGCGGACCCGGCGGAGCAGGAGCCCCGCGGGCAGGAGGAGCCCGCGCUGACCGCGCCGGCCCCCGCGGCCGCCGAGUUCGACUCGCCCGACUCGGGGCUGCCGUCCUCCAGGAACUACUCGGUGGCCUCGGGCAUCCUGUCCAGCAUCGAGGACGGGCAGAGCGGCUCCUUCGAGGACGGGGCCGAGGAAGAAGGCAGCCCCGCGGCGCGGCCGCAGGGCUCGCUGUCAGAGGAGCAGCUCUGCUCCCACGGCCCGGACCUGGCCGAUGUCGCCUCGGUCUGCGCUGCGUCCUACACAAUAGAGUUAUUGGACACUGUUGCCUUAAAUUUGCACAGAAUUGAUAAGGAUGUCCAGAGGUGUGACCGGAAUUACUGGUAUUUUACUGCUGAGAACCUGGAGAAGCUCCGAAAUGUCAUGUGCAGCUAUGUCUGGGAGCACCUAGAAGUUGGUUAUGUCCAAGGCAUGUGUGACCUCCUGGCUCCUUUGAUGGUUAUUCUUGACAAUGAUCAGCUGGCCUACAGCUGCUUCAGCCACUUGAUGAAGAGGAUGAGCCAGAACUUCCCCAACGGAGGUGCUAUGGACACACACUUUGCCAACAUGCGGUCCCUCAUCCAGAUUCUGGACUCAGAACUUUUUGAGUUGAUGCACCAGAAUGGAGAUUACACUCAUUUUUACUUCUGCUAUCGCUGGUUCCUGCUUGACUUUAAAAGAGAAUUGUUGUACGAGGAUGUAUUUACAGUGUGGGAAGUUAUUUGGGCAGCAAAGCACAUCUCUUCAGAACAUUUUGUCCUUUUCAUUGCCUUAGCACUUGUGGAAGUUUAUCGAGAGAUUAUCCGUGAUAACAACAUGGACUUCACUGAUAUCAUCAAGUUUUUUAAUGAAAUGGCUGAGCACCACGAUGCUGCAGAGAUCCUGAGGAUAGCCAGAGACCUUGUCUACAAAGUGCAGACACUGAUUGAGAACAAGUGACCAUGGACAGGCUGUCCCUGUGAGCCUCUGGAUGGAGCAUCCCUUGCACUGUAAUUCCAAAUGGUGUUUUAAUUGCAUCUUCCAUGUAAUGUAAUAAAUAGUGAGGAGAUAGUAACAGACUUUUAAAACCUGAACUUUCCCUUCACCAGAAGAGGUUGGUGUUUGAUAGUCCUUGUUACACUGACUUUGUAUUUCUAGACAAAAUCUUUUUUGCAUUGUUUCCCUCUCUAGAAGACAUCUGUCUACAUCUUUGCGAUGUUGAAAGGGGGGAUUUGACAAACUGCAACAUUUCUAUUUUGACUUUCUGCACCUGUAAAGCCUGGAUGCACCCUGUGUGCUCUGCCAGAAGCUGCCAUGGAGGCAAGGCUGGGCCCACUGCUGCCAAGCACUGGCUUGGGUCCUUGGAGGAGCACGGUCCUGGCCUCUGUCUUUGCCUUGAACGUGGAAGAGAAUGUGUCUGAGCUCAUGUUGCUGAAACAUUUGGGUUUGUAUUUAGCAGUGAUUAAAGCUGAUAAGGUUUCUGGCUGGGAGAAUGGCCUUAACCUAAAUGGCACAGCUCAUGGGAGCAGUGAUGAGCUCACGAGCUAGAACACCACUUUGGCCUUGGCUGGGUGGCUCUCAGUGCUCAGCCUUCAUGGCCCAACAGAGCUGCCUUUGUUUUGCUCUGCAGACUGGCCCUGUGGCACUCCCAGCUGCCAGGCCCUGCCCUGUGCUGCUCAGGUGAGCAGGCUGAGCCCAAGGGCAGGACCCUGCUCCGGGGCUGUGCAGGGCCAUGGAUUCACCUCCCAUGGGGAGCCCCCCACAUCCCUGACUGCACACUGCUGCUCCCCCCUGCCCUGCAGGGCUGCCAGGGGUCCCACAGACACAAACCAGGCUCUGGUCUCUGCCAGCAGGACCAGCCCCUGCCAGGUGAAGGAGCUGCAGUUCCUGGGGGCUCUGAGUUGCUGCUGCAGCCCCUGCUGGGCUGUGGAGCCCUCCAGGUGCCCCAGCCCCUCUGCCCAGCCCCAGGUGUCUGUUCACUUGAAAACUGGAGAAGUAUUUUUUAAAAGAAUGAGAAGAGUGAGAAAAACCUCCAACUCCCAGAGCCCAGGGAGUGAUGGAUGUACAGAUAAUACUGCACUAUUUUCCUUGGUAUGUUGGGAAUGUUCUGUACAGCUGUUUCACACAAACCCAAUCUGUGAACUUUGCUGUAUUUGUUAGAACAUUCUGUCUGAUUGGAUUUUAUCAAUGUUGUGUAUUAUUUAUUUUUGUUGAGAGCAGACUAUUCUCUUUAUUGCUCAAUUAUUUAUGUUUAAAUGUAACUUAUGAAUAAAUACUUAUCAUCAAGGCA